AUGUUGUUUCAAGUAGGAGGACAAGGGACACGUCCCACCUUCUUUGAGAUGGCUGCUGCCCAACAACUCCCCGCCAGUCUCCGUGCUGCCCUCACCUACUCCAUCGGUGUAAUGGCAUUAAGAAGACCCUUUCUGCAUAAGGUGUUGGACUAUGAAGAUGAAUUCUUUUCCUUGCUUAUGUUGGUCCUUGAGACUCAUAGCUUGCGUACUACAGAUGCUUCUUUUGCUGAAUCUCUAUAUGGAUUGCGAAGAAGGGCAGUGAAGAUAAGAGUAAAGAAGGAUGAUGCACGUCCAAACUCAGGGGGUGGAAUUCAGCAAUCAGGGUUAGAAAAACGCCAAAGAAUUCUUUCAGUUGUAUUUUUGGUUGUGCUGCCUUAUUUUAAGUCAAAAUUGCAUUCAAUAUAUAACAAAGAAAGGGAAGCCAGGCUUCAAGCAAGUUUGUGGGGAAAUAGCGAUGUAACAGUUGAAGAUGCUGAAUACUUUAGAGGAGGGAGGCUUCUCUUUAGUGAAGGAAUGUCGUUUGCUUAUCAGCUAUUAUAUCUGCUGGAUGCUACUGGGUUCUAUUCUUUAGGACUACACGCACUUGGAAUUCACGUUUGUCGAGCUACAGGGCAAGAGCUGAUGGACACUUCUUCUAGAAUUUCAAAGAUACGAAGCAAUGAACGUGAGAGACUUCGUGGCCCCCCAUGGUUGAAGACAUUUCAAGGAGCAUUGCUGAGCUGUGCAUAUACAGUGCUGGACUAUGCGCAAACCGGCUUAAUUGCAGCAGUGUUCAUCUUUAAAAUGAUGGAGUGGUGGUACCAAUCUGCUGAGGAGAGAAUGUCAGCUCCAACAGUGUACCCCCCACCCCCACCACCUCCAGCUCCAAAGGUUGCCAAAGAAGGGAUUCCACUGCCACCGGAUAGAACAAUCUGCCCAUUGUGCUCACAGAAGCGUGCAAAUCCUUCUGUUGUUACGGUCUCAGGAUUUGUUUUCUGUUAUGCUUGCAUAUUCAAAUAUGUUUCUCAGUAUAAGCGCUGCCCAGUCACAUUGAUGCCAGUAGACGUUGAUCAGAUAAGGAGGCUGUUCCAUGAUAUGUAG